CUUUUCAUAUACUAGAUUCUUCUCGUUUGAUGUACCUAUCAUCUUCUCAAAUCACUCUCAAUUCUAAGGAAAACAAUCAAAUGGUAACACAAUCAAAAGAAAAUGAACAUAAUGAAAUGGAGAUUAAUACAAUCUUAAACCAAGAUGUUGGCGAUGAACAAGAGGUUGAUUGGAAUUGGAAUACUUAUAAAAGCAUACGAGAUCUAAAAACAAUAGGAAUUCGAGUGACAACAAAUAAGACAGAUGAAUGGACUUGGAGUAACAUUUCAUUCAAGUCUAAUUUGUUUAGUGGAGAGCUAAGACUCCCUGUUUUUUGUUUCAACGAUGUCACACCCUAUUUUUUUCGAAACCUAAUAGCAUAUGAAAUGUGCCCGGAUGUUCAAUACAACUAUGAAUGCUGCUCGUUUUUCACCUUCAUGGAUUCAUUGGUUGACAAUGCUGAGGAUGUAAAGGAGCUUAGGUCAGCUGGUGUAUUUCAAAAUUUGCUUGGAAGUGAUGAAGAUUUGGCAAAGCUCUUCAAUGAAUUAGGUGAUGAUUUACCAACAAAAAUGUAUUGCAACAAUUCCUACACAAAUGCAGUUGCCUAUAGUAAGAAAUAUAUUCUCAUCAAGCUUCAAAUUGAAAAACAUUACACAAAUAAAUGGAAGACAUGGUUGGCUCAAGCUUACAACACACAUUUCAAUACACCAUGGGCUAUGAUUGCCUUUUUAGCUGCAUCACUGGCAUUGAUUCUAACUUUCAUCCAAACAUGGUUUGCCAUACAUCCUAAAUAAAAAAUCAUAAUUGAUCCAAUGAAAUAAUUAUAUGUGUGAAAAAAAAAUAUUGAUGUUAUUGUGUGACUUUCUCGUGAUAGUAAUGAC